AGCAUGAUAAAUCGAGACGCUCUCCCCCGCCUUCAUGCGUGGAUGUAAGCACGGCUGGCUUCGCUGACUCCCAAUUCUGCAAUUUGCCUCCCUCAUUUUCUUUCUCUCCCUCCCCUUCCGCCUCUCCCAUCCUCUUCCACCCUCUCACCGAAUUUCCCAUACUUGCCGUAUACUUGCCAUUUACUACCCACCUAGGUAGUUUAUUUGAUUCCUUCUCGAGCGUAACGUUCAGUACUCUUCACAUAAAAUCGAACUAGAGAAUAAUCAGUACAUUGCUCCGUCUUCGCCUGCCAUAUCCUCACCGCGGACCCAAGACGCUAAGAUGAGUAGAUACGAUUCUUAUUCCGAUGAUGAGGAUCUCGACAUUCGCGUCAGGCAUCGGCGUGCCUCUCCUAACCCACCUCCUCUUGCGCAUUAUGUAGACGCCCGCUCUCCUCGUCCUCGUUACUACGAGACCGGCCCCCGUGCAGAGGACCGUUUUCUGGUGCCAACGAAUGAGCGCACCAUUGUGACAACCCGACGAUCGCACUCACGCGAUCGUCGUGACCCUUCGCCGGGAGUUAGCGCGCCUAAUCCCCCGGUCAUCAUCAACAACCGUAUUUAUAACAACUCUGACUCCGAGUCCAUAUCCGAUUCAGACUCGGAGCGCGAGACGAAGAGGUCUCGAUCUCGCCGCCGUGCUCAUUCGCGGGCCCAUUCGCGUACCUCUUCGACCUACUCCCAUGAACAUGACCAUGACCGGUAUGCACUAGAGCACGUGCGCCGGGAUUAUGAGAAGGAGAUCGAGGCUAAGCGCAGGGAUUACGAGAAGGACCUCGAAAACAAACGGCAUGAGUAUGAGCUAGAGCAUACCCGGAAAGAACUCCAAGAGCUCAAGCUGGCCGCCCAGAUCGAGCAGGAUGAGAAGCGCCGGAACCGCACUAUCCAAGAAGAGCGCGACUUGCGGGAGGCUAAGAAGGAGCUCGACGAAAUCAGGAAAGCUAAAGAGCGCGAUGAGUAUGAACGCCGCGUUAAGCAGAAGCUCGAACUCCAGCGGUUGAAGGAAGAAGAGGCUGCACUAGAAGAGAAGAAGCGUCGCGACAAAGAAGCUAGGGAGGCCAUCGAGAAAUAUAAGAAAGAAGAGGCCGAGCGUAGGCUCAGGGAAAAGCAGGAGGCCGAGGCUCGCGAGAAAGAAUACAAGGCCAAAAUGCAAGAGCAGUUGCUAAAGUCCGGCCUUAGCGAGAGAGAGAUCAAUGCUAUUCUCGCUGGCGAAAAGAUUAAGAGGGAAAAGGAGAAGGAAAAGGAGAAGGAAAAGGAGAAGGAGAAGGAGAAGGAAAAGGUGAAGGAGAUAGAGGAGGCACCUCGCCCCAUCUACACGCGCCUGGCGAGACGACACCUCUCGAUCGAGACCCUAAGGGCUUAUAAUAUCGAUUUUCAACUUGACCCCGAUCCAGAUUAUAUCCUGGUCAAGAGGUGGGUAGAUGAGCCAGAGCAAGAUAUGCUCUGGAGGCAUACCAAGAUCAUUCGCGAGAAGCGGGCCUCCGGGUCUGGCAAGCUCAUUAUGUCCAUUGAAGAGAAGGAUAGGAGAAAGCACCAUCACCAUCUCGAGCCCGAAUUUGAAUGGGUCCGUAAGAAGGAGCGUCGACGGAGCCGAUCUCCUUCUUUAUUGAUGUAUUUGGCCGGAGGGAGGCCGUCAUAGUGCGGUGGUUUCUUUUCUAAAUAAUUUUCUUUCGCACGGAUAGGGAUCACCGCUGCAAUUCGUAGUUGACGAACAGACUUAUGCCAUUUUCCUAUUCCUAGGACGAUAAGAAU